ACUUGGCAUCUCCUCCUCCUCCCAGUCGUAGACCGCAUCGUUACCCAGAGUGGAUUGACUGAGGGACAAACGUCUUCCCACGGGAGCCGCCACCUCCUCCAACCAGAAACCUGACGUUUCAUAAUCCAGCAUGAUAUCCAGAGUUAUUGCAGCAUACUUUUUGGGUCUGGGCCUUGCAGUUGCCAUGGUGGGCAUGGUACAGGCACAGAACGAUACUGGUGGGACUUCCAUCGAAGUUUCAGCUGACGUUGAUGACUCAUAUAAAUAUGACCAGUUCAUCGAUGUCAUGCUUGGAACUGGGCAAACCGUGGUACAGGUUGUUCAGUCAAUCCUUGGCAUGAAGGAUCCAGAUAAGGAGUGCUGUAUGGAUGGGGCCGUGAAACGUGAAAAUGGAGAGACAUGGACCAAUGACAAAGGUGCUAACUGUAAAUGCAACACCGGCAACAUCGCUUGUACAUUUAGCAACGUGACUGCUCCAGCCACACCUUAAGAUGAAAGGCAAUGAGGUUCCCGCUGUCAGCAUCCCCAGCUGACAUUGUGAUGCCAUCAACACGAUUUCAUCUUCAACAUUGUCCAUUUUUCGUGUCUUGAAGCGCAAGGGGUCAGGUAGAAAUUGUGCGGGUCUUCAGCAUAACGUAAAUUUACAAGAGUACUUUUUUAGAGUUUUUCAAAGUUUUUAAGGUUUGAGACUUGAAUAGACUUAAAGUUAUUCAGUAAUGGUAAGGUUUUAAAGUUGAAUUAUUCCAUCGUGUACUGUAUGUCCCUAUAGCAAAUGCAUAAUUAACGCCUUUGUAGUAUCUAAGCAUUUACUUAUUAUCUUGUUGGAAGCUACGCUGUGAAUUGCAGGUGCAAUUUGUUAUAUCAUGUUUGUAAUGCAGUGCUUAUUCCAUCUCAGUAAAUAAAAUCAUAAUUGCAGAUAUUUAAAUAUAGGCAGACUUUAGAAAUUCACACGAACGUGUACCCAGAAAUGAUUGUUAACAAAUAAAGUUUUUCCAGCACAAAAGUUUAAUUGCCUUAUACGAGUAUGUAAUGCAUAUUGGAUUAGAGUUCUUUACGUUUUGUAGUUUUAUUAAGUUUUCGGUUGUGUAGUUAUGAUGCAUAAAUUUCCAGGACCUGGCACCCUCCUCCUGCAACGUGGUUGAGGUUCAACAAAGGUUUUCCUUUGUCUGUCGUGUGGCAUAUUUUGUUCGCCCAUUCCUUGUAAGAGAAAAUUACAGUGUAAUAAUA